AAUAAUUUGAUUAUUGAAAAUUUUUUCGUCUUUGUGAACUUUAAUUAUAUUUGGCAAUUAUAAAUUGUUUUUAGUGAUUUUGUGAUCCAUAAAAUAAUGAGCAUUACAGCUACAAUUGAUAAUAAAAUGUCCUGUUCGAUGUGCAAAACAUAUUCCAUUAGUCCUGGAGGAAAACCAAGCGGACAGUUUAUUUGUAAAAGUGGACAUUCCAUAUGUAAUGAUUGCAUUAGAAAAAACAAUGGAAUAUGUUUGUUAUGUGGUGAUAAAAAUUUACGCUUUGUAUCUACGAAUCUGAAGCUCCAGAAUAAUGGACGACCUGUAACAAAUUCUGCUCCUCGUGUAUCUACGUUUAACCCCAUGAUUUCUUUGGAGGGUGAUAUAUGUGCUAGUAACUCAUUAAAGGCAACGAAGCCGAAUACAGUAUCUGCACCAGAAGUAGAGAAAAAUAUAGCACAAGUUUCACUUGAAACAAAUUUAAUUAAUUCUUCCUAUAAUACAGUUCAACCAACAAUUGUGAAGGACAAUAAUGACACAAAACAAAACAUAAAUAAUGUGGUUAUAACACACGGAAAUCAGCAGUUAACCAGUGUAGCUAACAAGUCUACGGAUUAUAUAGAAGAAUCAUCAUCAUCAUUAUUAGACUCAUUACAACGACACUUAACUUAUAUACUCGAUACUGCUAAUAAUAAUACAAAAAAUAUUUUGGAAGAAACUGUAGUUGGUACUAACUCUGUACGGUCACAAAAUGUUAAUCUUCCCAAAAUAAUUACUAAUGGUGCGGAAUAUGUUGCACCUCAUGAGACUUCAACUGCGCCUACAGCACCUCCAAUGGAGCCCUAUUUCAAUAACUCUCUUGAUGGUCAAACGCAAUUUUUUCUACCUGUAAUGAAUCAAAUUUUAUUGAUGCAGCUAUUUAACACAUUGAAUGCUUCUAUGACAGUACCUCAAACAGCAUCUGGAUUUGUGCCCAUGACUCAGAAUCAAGCAAUGAAUUUUGCAUACUUAAGAAAUGAAAAUGUAAUAGAUCCAACAAAUCCUUAUCUAGUAACUAUGAGAGUAAAUGAUAUUUCUAGAAUGAUGUAUGAAGAAUCGUAUAAUAUUUUGUUGAAAAGAAAUCAGAGUUUAACAUUGCAAAAUGCAAUUCUCAAAAUUAAACUUGAGGAAAAAAAUAAAAAAGAACAAACCAAAAAACAUAAAAAUGAUCCUACGAAUAAAGCUCGUAAAGCAAAAGAUACUGAAGAUCUAAACAAGAGCAAGCAAUCACAUUGUAAGAAAUGUGACCAACUUCCCACUCAAAAUAUUGAAAAUAUUGGAAAUUACGAGGAAUGUAAUUUAGAUUUACAAGAAGCUUCUGAGGGUAAAAAUAGUAAUUUGCGACUACUUUUCAUGGGGCAUAAGUUGAAUGAUGAGUCUGACGUGUCUUCCAAAAAUGUGCCAUUCCAUUUAAGACACAACCAAGAGACGGGUUCAACACAGACUUUCUUUGGCAUACCUGAUCAAACGAAUAAAAAUGAAGAAGCGAAAAUCAGUUCGGAAAAUGAAGAGAAAAGUUCGCGGAAACGUGCUGGACACUGCAACUGCUACAGAACUACAUGCACUAAUAUGAAAUACAAAGAAAAGGUAUGUACCAUAAGUGUUUCGACGGAGUCAUAUCCCAGUUUAUCAGAAGAAUCCAAAGUCGUCAUUAGUGAGAAUAGUAUUGUGCUCUUACGGGAGGUGACACAAAGACAGGAAUGUAUUCUAACCGAAACCAAUAAACCAACUAAUAAAAUGGUUGAUGAGUCCAUGAAUGAGCGCAUGGAAAAAAUUUUAAAAACAAUAAAUGAAGAUACUGUUAGAGGAACUACUAUUGCGAAUACCUAUAUGAAAAACGAAAUCCUUUUGAGUGAAAAACCCAUAUAUCAAACCGCGAAGAAAUCUGUGGAAAAUGCAAAAGAAAUUGAAACAUUUCCGCACAAAGAAAAGAAAAAGGAGUUAUAUGAAAAAUAUGAAGAUUUACUUGAUGAAUUAAGUAAGCCAGAUACACUACUCAAAACUGAUAGUUUCAUUCAACAAAGUUGCUGUAACCCAGAGGACAUAGCUGAACUGAUUUCAUUAGCUUUAAGAUCGCGCUACGAUCCAGUAGAGGGACCACCUAUUACUAUCAAAGGAAAUAAAUUAAUUGGAAAUACGCUAAUACCGCCACAAUUGGAAAUUAUCAAAUAUCCUUCAAAGUCACCUGCAGUGCUUGCACGUUUGGCGAAGCAACGUUUUAUGCCAAAAAAUUUGACAUGCUAUGAUUUACGUAUACCGCGUCAUCCACUUUUGUGUCCAGAAUGUAAACAUUAUUUUAAAUGUUUUCUAUCUGAUUUUAUUAUACAUAUGGUAACUGCUCACCAUGAGCUGCCAUUUGAUCGCAUUUCUCCAAGAAUGGUGAAAAAUUUCUUCAUAGAUGUACGUGUCGCUCUGUCUGCUAAACCAAAAUGUCAAAUGAUUUAUCUUGUGCGUGAUAAAAUCGCUGGAAUUGGACACAGUGAAUAUAGUGAUUUAUUGCCUCUUUUAAUUAUGACUGGGGGCCUUCGGUUAAGUGAAAUUAUGCACCUAGAUAAUCUCGAUGCUAAUAGGGAUAUCAAUUUUUUGGUUGUAUGGGGAUGUGGUUUAAUGCCAGGAAAAUAUCCAUUAAAUAUUAUAUUAUCGACCUGGCGUAAUACUGGAAGAUAUCCUAGUACACAUAUCGUUUAUUCAGGACCUGCUAGUUCAAUAAGAGAAGAGAAAACUGCAUUGCAAGUAUUCGAAAGUGGCGAAUGCUUGUAUUUUUCACCAAUACAACAACACGAUUUGUUAAAUAAUAAAUUUAUGAUUAAUUGUCAGUUUUCAAUUUAUUGAAUUGGUUUUUAAGUUAUCAUAAAGAAAAUCUUCAGAAGAAAAAGAUGAAAGAGCAUACUGGAAGAAAGUAAGCGCUUAGUAAAAUGCACUAAUUGAGAACCUCAGAAAUAACGGCAGCGAUGGAAACUCCUAA